UAUAAAUAUAAUUGUAUUUAUAUUCAAUGGUUGUUCGGAGUUUGAUUGUGAGUGAGUCGCCGUGCUGAGAGAGAGAGGCAGAGAAAGAGUGGAGGAGAGAGAGAGAGGGAUAUCAUGGCCGCUCAGGUCGCCAGCGUCGCCACUCUCAACACCAGCCCGCCAUCCGAACUCAAAAAGCCGGAUCGGGACCCACAGGAGGAGUCGGUACCGGGAGAGAAGCAGCAUGAAAAUAAGGAGCCGGGACCUGACGGCGGAUCUCCCGGUCAGAAGGAGCUGCAGGACGGGACCGAUGCUGGAAAUGUUGGGGGAGGAGGGGAUUCUGACAUGAAGAACGGCAACGGGAAUUUGCCCAGGGUAAAUAAUAAUAGCAGUAAUCAGAAUGAUACCGGCGGGCCCGAAGGGAAUAACCAUCCCGGGAUGGGACACCACCACCCGGGCCCCUUUCCUCCACCUCCUUACGGUUACAACCAGCACUACAGCCGGGCCCCUUUUCAUCAACAUGGCGGACAACAAAGCCCUGGCAUGGCAGCUGCAUCGGGGCCGGGCAUGAUGGACCCUUACCCCCCUAAUUCACACGAACACGGAUACCCCAACCAUUAUAACAACUACAGCCCGUUCCAGAACAGGACUUCUUUUCAGGGCCAAGGAUACGGGGCCAUGAAUUCCCCGCGUAACAACCAGCCUCCGGCGGCUGGGGGGCAGCCAGGCAAGCAACAGCCAGCAGGAGGAACCACAGCUAUGGCUGCCUCGUACAAUAAUCAGAGGUAUAACAUGGGAAACCAACAACCUACGUCUACGCCAACUUUAAAUCAGCUUUUGACAUCUCCGAGCUCCACCAGGAGCUACCCGAACUACCCCCAAGGAGACUAUAACAAUCAGGAAGGGGCCAACAAGGGACCAGGAGAACUGGGCAGCAGUCAGUAUGGUGGGGUCCAUCCGGGUUGGCAAGCAAGGACCCACCACCCGCCUCCCAUGAGCCCGGGAAACACUGGACAACCUCCCAGCAGGAACCAGCCUCCAAGCCCAAUGGACCAGGUAGGGAAGAUGCGUGGCCAGCCAUAUGGAGGACCCAACCCCUACUCCCAGCAGCAGCAAGGGCCUCCCACAGGGCCUGGACCCCAACAGGGAGGCUCAUACCCAGGCCAGGCCUAUGGACCUACUGGGCCUCAGAGAUAUCCAAUGGGGAUGCAGAGCCGAACACCCGGCACUAUGGGUGGCAUGCCGUACGGACAGCAGAUGUCAACCUAUGGACAGCAGGGCCCCGGAGGCUAUGGCCAACAGAGCCAGGGCUACUAUGGUCAGCACGGCCCCCCAACUCACCCUGGCCAGCAACAGCCUGCUUAUCCUGUCCAACCACAGGGCAGCUCGGGACCUCCCUACUCCCAGCAGGGCCACCCUUCACAGUCUCCUGGCCAACAUGGGCAGACAGGACCCCCUUACCAACAAUCUCAAGGUCCCCAUGGCCCUCCCCCAGGACAGCCUCCCUAUAGCCAGCCCUCACAGUCUCAGCCGGGACAGCCACCAUACGUCCCUCCCCAGCAGCAGCAGCAGUCGCAGCAGCCGCCCCAACAGCAGCAAGGUCCUGGUCCCCAAAGUCAGCAGGGCCCUCAGGGCCAGCCUGGCUACCCACAACCCCCAGGACCAGGGCAGCCACCACAGCAGCAAACCCCACAACAACAGCAGCAACAACAAGGGCCCCCACAACAACAACCACAGCCACAGCCACAGCCAGGAGGUCAGCCUCCUCAAGCCCAGCAACCUCCAGGUCAUCAACAGGGUCAAGCAUCACCUUACUCUCAGACACCACCACUGCAGCAGCAGCAACAACAACAACAACAACAACAACAGCAACAACAGCAGCAGCAACAGCAACAGUCAUCAUAUCAGAGGUUUCCACCUCCUCCACAGGAACUCUCCCAGGAUUCAUUUAGCUCCCAGUCCAGUGCUCCUCCUUCCAACCAGCCCAUGGCCUCCAGCAAGAGCAGUCAAGAGGACAGCAUGCAGGGUCGGCCAUCCAGUUUGCCGCUAUGGCCAGAAAAUGCCUUCGGUUAAAGAAAUUGACUUGUGAAAUGUGUGGACCCAUGUUUUAGUCAAAAUGUUGACAACCCGCAGGCGUCUGGCCUGCACUAGAAAAUCAUACCUUUUCUUGAUCUAUACCAAGUUCAUUAAAAGUGUGGAUUAUGUAACAGACAAAAAAACUGCUGAUGGUUUCAUACUAAGCUGUCAGUGUUAAGGCGUCCUUAGUAAUUAGUGACUGCGAUGACACUGAGUGACACUGAUGCCAGUCCUAAUUCAACUCCAAUGAAGGACCAGUAAAUUUGCCGAUAACGUCUGUCUCCCAGACAAGCUGUAUUAAGAGCUCAGUUCAUUUCUCUGAACUGUUGUCUUGCUACCAAGUGAUUUGCUUUGUUGUAUAAUGCAGGAAACCUCAUUAUACAGCAGUAAUAGUUAUCCCAUAGUCGUAGACACAGUCAUAAACCAGCUCUGCAUGAGGACAAUACAUAGAAAUGUGUGGUAAAUAUUGUUUUUUUUGGGGCCACUGUGCACUUGGAUCGUCGACCAACCACUUGGAUUCAGCUGCAAAAAUCUAUUCAGAGCAAUCUGAUAGACAUGUAAUGCUUUCUCAGAGCUGUAACGACUGUGGGUAUUGCAUGAUUUACAAGAGUAGAAUCAAUAUUUAGUGCUUUGGACUUCGGACACGCGUGGAUUCCCAGCUUUGUUUACUGUUGUCUGUUCAUUUGUCUUCUAAAUU